AUGGGUUUGGAUUUUGAUGUUUUAGAAUUCUGUAAAAAGUUAAGACAAAACAGGCCACCACCCUAUCAGUGCCCUCUUGAAAAGUGUGAUAAAGUUUACAAAAGUUUGUGCGGAUUACAAUAUCACCUAGUUAAUUAUGAUCACGAUAACCCAACACCGGCAACUCCUACAGUUGUACGUAAUAUAUGUCGGAAAAAAGGUAGAGCUAGGGCUGCAGUUCCAACCGGUGAUAUUGCUCUUCAAACUCCUCCCAAAGAAGCCUUAACUUUUGCCGAAGCUCAGAAAGUUGUUCAGUUUGAGAUUGAUGGUAAGAUAAGUAGAAUACCGAUUGACCAACCUCUGCCAAUAAUUUCACUAGAAGAAUGGGAAAAAAAGAAUGCAGAAUUAGAGAAACCGCUUCCUGUUGUGGAACCGCCUCCGGAACCUCAAGUCAAACUGCCAGAAGCAAGCUUUAGACUCAUUCCAGAUUAUAAUGAGAGAGUUUGUGAUGCUCCUCCAAGGCCGAAUGCCUAUAUUCGUUUUAUAGAAAAAUCUGCUGAGGAAUUGGAUGGAGAAGUAGAGUAUGAUGUUGAUGAAGAAGAUACUGCGUGGUUGACCAUUAUCAAUAAGAGCAGAACUAAACAAGGCUUGCCUCCAGUUUCAGUUGACACCUUGGAAUUACUCAUGGAUAGAUUAGAGAAGGAAUCUUAUUUCCAGGCAACACAAAGUGGGCAACAAACAGCUGCCACAGUGGAUGAGGAUGCAGUAUGCUGCAUAUGUAUGGAUGGUGAAUGUCAGAAUACAAAUGUUAUACUCUUCUGCGACAUGUGUAACCUUGCAGUUCAUCAGGACUGCUAUGGGGUACCGUAUAUUCCAGAGGGACAAUGGUUAUGCAGACGAUGUUUGCAGUCGCCGUCGCGUCUUGUUAACUGCGUGCUAUGUCCAAAUACAGGAGGCGCUUUCAAGCAAACAGACCAAGGUACCUGGGCACAUGUGGUAUGCGCUUUGUGGAUACCUGAAGUCCGUUUUGCCAAUACCGUGUUUUUGGAGCCUAUCGAUUCUAUAGAGAUGAUCCCGGCGGCGAGGUGGAAGCUGCAGUGUAUGGUGUGCAAGCAACGUGGCGCUGGCGCCUGUAUUCAGUGCCAUAAGAGCAACUGCUAUUCUGCGUUUCAUGUCACCUGCGCUCAGCAAGCUGGUCUGUACAUGAAGAUGGAAGCUGCGGGAACUGGAAGGGACCCGAGUCAGCCGGUGCAAGUCGCUAAGAUGGCGUACUGCGACGCGCAUACACCCGCACAUAUACUGCAGGAAAGAAGAGCACAGGAGUCGGAAGGAGAUUCAAAAUCAACAGAUCUCUCAGUAAUACGACAGAAAGGAAGAGAGAAAAUAAAACAGGCUCGUCGCGUGCUGGCGCGCGCGCGCACGUGGGCGCCGGUGGUGCUGGUGCCCACGCUCCGUGCUGAGCGCGUAGCUGACGUGGCGGCGUUGCUGCGCGGCCCGCCAGCGCAGCGCGCGCAGCUCAUGAAGCGCCUGCUCGCCUACUGGACGCUCAAGCGCCACGCGCGCAACGGCGUGCCGCUGCUGCGUCGCCUGCAGAGCCUCGCCACUCACCACGGAACCAGGGGUAUACAAGACGGUACAGUCAAUGUGAGAGAACUGUGCAACCAACUAAAAUACUGGCAACGCAUACGUCAAGAUUUGGAAAGAGCAAGGCUUUUGUGCGAGUUGGUCCGCAAACGCGAGCGACUAAAAGCAGAGUACACGCGCGUGUGGGAGCGCUGCGUGCUGCACUCGCUGCAGCCGGAGCGCGCCGCGCUGCACAAGUUGCUGCGCUUGCUGCGGCAGCGCGACACGAGCGACGUGUUUACCGAGCCCGUCGACCUGCAGGAGGUCCCCGAUUACAGUACAGUCGUGAAGCACCCUAUGGAUCUUAGCACUAUGAGUAAAAAACUGGAUUGUGGUGCAUACAAAAACAUAGACGACGUGGAGGCUGAUUUCCAGCUCAUGAUUGAAAAUUGUUUGACUUAUAAUAAUAAGGAUACCGUCUUCUACAAGGCGGCGAUAAAGAUGCGCGAGCAGUGCCUGCCGAUAUUCCGUCAGGCGAGGCGCGACGUCCUGGAUGCGGGCAUGGUGGAGGUGGCGGGGGCCGGGGAGGCGGCGGGGGCUGCGGGGGAGGUGGGCGCGGCGCGGCAGGCGGGCGGGCCGGGUGCGGGCGCGGCGGACAGCACUAGCGCCAGCGUCGCGCGCAGCUCGGGGCGCAGCGCACGUGCGCGCAGUCGUGCUCGCAAGUCCAGCAGCGACAGUGCGCACACCGCCGAUACAAGAAGUGAGCGCGGCGUUUCAUUAGCACGAAGUGAACGAAGAAUAUCUAGCACCCGUAAAGAAUCUGAAGAAGACACUAAUGUGCGCGAAAAAUCGCCAUCAGUUGCUGACGAGCAGAAAACGAAGGUGAACAGGAACUGGUGGCGUGGCAGAGGGCGAGGUCGAGGUCGACGCGGGCGAAGGGGCCGUGGGCGCGCCAGUAUAGCAAGCACGCGACCAAACGAUAAUGAAACACCGACAUCCGACUCUGAGACACCAGAAGCGAGCAGGAAAAGUGUAGAUCGUACACAUAAACUAGUCACGCCUGAGAAGUCACCCACUAAACAACCAGAACCUGUUUCAAGUAUUGGAUUAUUAAGCAGUGGACUAAGAAAGCCCACGUUGUUGGUAACGCCGUCAACUAUAGCAACGCCUCCAAAAAGCUUUGGAUCUGACGCGUCUCUACCAACGUUGUCGGCGAGUUUAGGCCGACCCGCUCUAGAAACUUCUCCUCGUAAGAAAGGACGCGGCAGGCCAAGGAAGCAUGACAAGGAGAAAUCCGUCUCCACGCCUGAUUUGUUUAGGGCUGCCUCCGGAGCUGAAACUACUAAAAGCGUGUCAACACCAGUGCCAGCUUCUUUCUUGCAGUACAGAGGACCGCCGGGAGAAGUUGGCUCUGACAGUGAUUUGGCUCUUUCUAGAUCUUCAAGUAGCAGCUCAGCGUGGUCACAAUCGUGCUCCUCGUGCACACACUACGAUGACGACGAUAACGCUUCAGAUCGCUCUUGUUCGUUUAGUUCUAGCGACGGGUCGAGCUACAACGAGACAAUGGAGUCAGCGCUAGAAGGUGGCAGUGGAGGCGAACGGCGCCGCCGAGGCAGACGCAGCGCAGCCGACCAUUCGGACGGUGAAAUGCCGUCGACUCCAGUAAAGGGUCGUGGCACAAGAUCGUCCACAUCGAAGACACCGGUAAAGAAUACACAAUCAACCAUUCAUCUCGAGCCGCUACAGUUGGUGUGGGCGAAAUGCAGAGGCUACCCGUGGUACCCAGCAUUGAUCAUAGACCCGAAGAUUCCAAAAGGUUUCAUAUACAAUGGAGUGCCUUUACCGGUCCCACCUCAGGAUGUUUUGAAUCUAAAGAAGAAUCAUUCCCACGAGCCAAUAUUAUAUCUGGUAUUGUUUUUCGAUGUCAAACGCACCUGGCAGUGGCUCCCUCCGAAUAAAUUGGAGCUUUUAGGUGUAGAUAAAAGCGUAGACCAAGCUAAACUAGUCGAAUCUAGGAAACCCACCGAGAGGAAGGCUGUUAAGAAGGCAUACGGUGAUGCCAUGCAGUUCAGGAAACAAGUGGACGGAGAAGAUAAAUGA